AUGCACAAAAAUAUCUCGCAACUUCUCCAGCAGCUUGGUAUAGCGUUGGAAGAAUCUACCGCUGUCGUAUCAGGUGAAAGGCUUCCGUUUGACGAAGAGCCUAUGCCGUCAGAUAUAAGCGAAGAAUCUGACGAUGACACAAGCAACGAGUACUUUCUAUCAGCGGAGCUAUCUAUGAGGGUUGCAAGUAUCACUGACAUACUCAACAACCUAUACCGACUAUCCUACAAAAUUCGCAACUCUGGGCUGCGCCCCAGUUCUACCAGGGCUAACUUGAUCCAAGCAGUGGACAAUGAGACUGGGGUCGAUCUCUUCGAUGCGCUUCAUGAGUUUGACUCAAGGCACCUGAUUGAACUUUUCACAGCCACGCGUCAAGGAAAUCCUGGAAACGUUGAAUCUUCCGAUGUUCUUCUUGAAAGACUCGCAACAUCUAAUGUGUUACGUCGGAAGCAAUUUCGAUAUUGGGAAAGACAUGCUAGAAAGCUUGGUUUUCAAGUUCUACCUGUGCAUCAGACACCUAUCAGAGAAAGACCGUCAGCGUCAGAGGCUCCAGAGGUCGUGGGACUUCUACAAGCGCACCGACAUGAGGUCCCGCCCCAGGUCCAGGAACAGAGUCACCUCUCUGGGACUAAUGCGACACCAUAUGACCCCGCCCUAGAUGAUCGAACAGAGAUAGAAACCAUAAUAUCACUGGCCUCGACAGCCCUCGAUGCCGACGGAAAGGGGAUCGAGGUCCCCAAACCUCCUGAGGAGGCACUGAAUGGGUACUCGUUUACCUGUCCUUACUGUUGGGUUGUUUGCCCCCCAAAGGAAGGAAGAGGCAAGACCUGGAAGUCGCAUGUCCUCCAUGACUUGAAGCCUUACGUAUGCACGUACGAAACAUGCAAUACCGCCAAUGAUCUUUAUCAAUCGAGAAAAGCGUGGGUUGACCACGAAGAAGCUAUGCAUCGACCACGUUGGCGAUGUCGGGAUCACCCUGAGGGCUUAUAUGAGACAUCUGCUAGUUUUCAGAGCCAUCUCUUACGAGAACAUGAUAGAGGUUUCUCGGGAGAACAACUUGAGGACUUAGCCAACGUCUCUAGGUUGGGCUGCGUUGAUGACCGUACUGCUUGCCCCAUAUGCUUCGAGGAACAGCCGUUCGCCAACGGCCUGACAAAUCAUCUAGCAAACCAUCUUGAGAGAAUUGCACUAUUUUCUCUGCCGAGGACUAUAUCCAGUGACGAUAAGGACAUGGAUGAAAGCCAGUUCUCCAAAUUGUUCAAUAUUAAUCCUGACGAUUCUUCCACAUCAGAGCAGUUUGAAGAAGACGAUGAAGAUCUAAAGGAUGCUCCAUGUAACACGAGUCUGUAUCCACCUGAUUCGAAUAUCAUGAUCCCAAAGACGGAAGAGCUGGAGGAGCUGUACGCCAUGAUGAGACAUUUUAAAAUGUUCUUCGAAUCACUCAAAUCCAAGAUCGCGAGAGUAGGCCAAGCUCUGGAUGACUACAACGAGUUUGCAUUCAAAUCAGCCUCUGUUGAUGCUGCAAAAUGUUCAUUAAUGGCAAAUAAGCUCUUCGAAUGCAACUUGAGAGUUAAUCUGAGCGAAGAAGACGGAGAUACUUUGACAGAGAUACUGUGGGACACACGGGGAUUUCUUGAUACCACUAGCUUAGAACUUGAAGAGGCUCAUGAGGGCAGCUUGGAAGACCGAGAGAAACAGGUUGCGCUGGUUACUGAAGCAACGAGGGGACUAGGAACAGUGUAUGAUAUUCUUGAGGGAAUACUCCAGGUACUUGAAGGGUGA